AUGGGACCAGCUGCGAUUAUCGACGAGCUAGCCCCUACACAUCGUCAAAUCGCAGCGCGACAUGUUAUGCCGAAGGAUUUACCGUUGUUCAGUGGCAAUUCCGAAGAGUGGCCCAUGUUCUUCAGUGCUUUUAACACCUCCACGGAAGCAUGCGGCUACAGUAACGUUGAAAACCUUGGUCGUCUCCAACAGUGCCUGAAGGGUGCCGCAUUGGAGGCAGUUCGUAGUCGUUUAUUAUUACCUACAUCAGUGCCACAAGUGAUACAUACGCUGCAGAUGCUGUACGGGCGGCCAGAACAAAUAAUAUACGCGCUGCUCCAGAAGAUCCGCGAUGUUCCAGCACCAAAAGCGGAUAAUUUGUGCACGAUCGCGGCUUUCGGCAUGGCGGUACAGAACUUCAGCGAACAUUUGGAGGCGGCGGGACAAGUGCAACAUCUAUCUAACCCGGUGCUGCUCCAAGAACUUGUGGAUAAGCUGCCAGCAAAUUUGAAGCUUGACUGGGUGGCGUUCAAACGACAAUUCGCGGCGGUCGACCUCCGUGUAUUCGGUCGGUACAUGGCAAAUCUGGUCUCGGCAGCAGCUGAAGUCACUCUUACGUUGGAUCCAAGGGGAAGUAAGCAGAAGAGAGAGGAGAAGCUGAAAGGUUUUGUGAAUGCUCAUGCUGCUACAUCAGACGCAACAGCUGACGAGGCCCCGAAGGUGGAAUCACCAAAAGCAGCUUCGCAAAUUAGCUGUUUGGUCUGCGGGAAUCCAGACCAUCGAGUGAAGGAUUGUGACGUCUUCAAAAAGAUGGACCGGGAUGACCGCUGGCAAGUGGUGCAUAAUUAUUAUUUGUGUCGUAUCUGCCUCGGGAAGCACGGAAGAAAACCCUGCCGGUCCUCAUCGCGCUGUGAAGUUCUAGGUUGUCAAAUGCGACACCAUCCGCUUCUGCACGGCGAUUCGGGCAGUUCGUCGACCAAUCCAUCUCAUCCAAUACCUCAAAGAGGCGGAGCAGGCCAGCGAAGUGAUGCAACGGAAGGUGUGAAUGCUCACAACGUCCAGAGCUCGACACUGUUUCGCAUGUUGCCGGUGCGACUCUUCAACAAAGGACGGUGUAUUGAGACGCUAGCUUUCAUCGACGAAGGAUCGUCCGUCACACUCCUCGAAAAGGGAAUAGCCGACGUACUACAGGUUGAAGGCACGGAAAAGCGUCUUUGCCUAACCUGGACAAGCAACGUUAGCCGUGAGGAAGAAGGCUCCCGUCAGGUAGAGGUGGAGAUUUCGGGUAUCAGUGGAGGCAAGCGAUAUCCACUAAAAGACGUCAGGACGGUCGAGUCCCUUGCACUACCUGCGCAGACGUUGUGCUAUAAAGAGCUUGCCGAGCGUUUCCCUCAUCUGCGGAAGCUACCGGUCGUAGACUUCGAAUCCAAAGCUCCAGGAAUUCUCAUUGGAGCCAAGAAUACUCACCUCACCGCCACCCAACAAAUACGCGAAGGUUGCGUGGGAGAGCCGGUGGCAGCAAAAACUCGUCUCGGAUGGGCGAUCUACGGCUCAAUGCCAAACGGGACGAACGUUGCGAGUUGCAACUUGCACAUCUGUGGUUGUGAUGUAGACAGGAGCCUGCACGAGCUAGUGAAGCAAUACUUCACGGUCGAGAACGUGGGCGUCUCGGUGAAUCAGAGUCCCGAAUCGAACGACGACAAGCGAGCGAGGGCAAUACUCGAGCAGACGACUAGAAGAGUCGAAAACGGCUUCGAGACUGGAUUACUGUGGCGCUACGAUUAUGUAGAAUUUCCCAAUAAUUACGCUAUGGCUGUCCGACGGCUACGGUGCUUGGAACGCCGUUUCAACGCGGAUUCAUCCUUGUUUGAUAAAGUCCAGCGGCAGAUAGCGCAAUACCAGCAAAAGGGCUACAUUCACGAAGCUACGGAGGAGGAACUAGCCGAAGCGGAUCAAAGGAGACUGUGGUAUCUGCCGGUUGGAAUAGUUCGAAACCCCAAGAAGCCCAACAAGAUUCGCAUCGUGUGGGAUGCCGCAGCAACAGUGAACGGCAUAUCCCUGAAUAGCAUGCUACUAAAAGGACCGGAUCUAGUCCAACCUCUCCCAGAUAUUCUCUGUGGAUUCCGUGAGCGGAAGAUUGCAGUCGUGGGAGAUAUCAUGGAAAUGUUCCAUCAGUUGAAGAUACGGCAAGCAGAUCGUUACAGUCAGUUGUUCGUCUGGCCCGGUGAAACCGGGCGUCCUCCGAAAACCUUCGUGAUCGACGUAGCAACCUUCGGCUCAACUAGCUCACCAUGCUCGGCGCAGUUCGUAAAAAAUUUGAAUGCAGCCGAGCAAGCAGAACAAUAUCCGAGGGCCGCGGAGGCGAUUGUGCGCCGGCAUUAUGUCGACGAUUACCUGCAUAGUUUCGACAGUGAGGAAGAAGCAUGUCAAGUUGUAGAGGAGGUCAAGUUGGUGCAUAAACGAGGCGGAUUCACAAUUCGCAACUGGCUUUCGAAUUCAGGCGCAGUACUCCGCCAGAUUGGGGAUACCGAAGCGAGAGCAACGAAGAUCGUCGGUGAAGGCGGUCCCGAAGCAGAACGCGUGCUAGGCAUGCAAUGGAGAGCAACCGAGGAUGUCUUCGUGUUCUCCAGCGAUACCGACUUGGGAGCUUACGGUGCGUUAUGA